UAUCAUUGCAAUCUAGUUUACAUCGGUUGAUAUACGUUACGCAUUAAGGUAGGCGUAGAGCUAGAGUUCACACAAACUCCGUGCCCAAAGCCCCGUCGUGCAUCGCUGGAGUCCUGUUGUUAUCGAGGCUCUUCUGGCUCUUCCCUUGCGUGAUGCUCACACGGUAUGACGCCGCAUGUCUAGAGUCGCAUAGCCCGAGCUCUUAAGACGCGAGUGGGAACGGUCCCUACUGCGUGUCAGCGUAGUCCCCCAUUUUAAACCAAGGCCAAACAAACGGGUCUAGAAAAUCCGAACACAGUACAAUUAGCGCAUUUGAACCGCUUUGAUACCCGCCAGGGCUCACCUCCGCAAGCCUCUCCAAGAUCCAUCUUAAGAACUCACUAUGGGCAAGCAGAACAGCAAGCUGACCCCAGAGGUGAUGGAGGACCUGGUGAAGAACACAGAGUUUAAUGAGCAUGAGCUCAAGCAGUGGUACAAGGGCUUUCUGAAGGACUGUCCCAGUGGUCGCCUCAACCUGGACGAAUUCCAGCAGCUCUAUGUCAAGUUCUUCCCAUAUGGCGAUGCCUCAAAGUUCGCGCAGCAUGCAUUUAGAACCUUUGACAAGAAUAGUGAUGGGACAAUUGACUUUCGAGAGUUCAUCUGCGCCCUGUCCAUCACGUCUCGAGGCAGCUUCGAGCAGAAACUCAACUGGGCCUUCAAUAUGUACGACCUGGAUGGAGACGGCAAGAUUACUAGGGUGGAGAUGCUGGAGAUCAUUGAGGCCAUCUAUAAGAUGGUGGGCACUGUGAUCAUGAUGAAGAUGAACGAAGACGGGCUGACCCCAGAGCAGCGGGUGGACAGGAUCUUUAGCAAGAUGGACAAGAACAACGACGACCAGAUCUCGUUGGAUGAGUUCAAGGAGGCGGCCAAGAGCGACCCGUCCAUUGUGCUGCUCUUGCAGUGCGACAUGCAGAAGUGAGCGAGGCGCCUGCCGCAUCACUCUCUCUCUGCAUCUCAGCUGCCAGGACUGACUGGGGGAAAAACCUUUUACUCUUUUCAUCCACCCUCUCCCAUCUCCACCGGAUCAAAGAAAAGAAAGAAAAAAAAAAAGAGAAAAAAAAAAUGUGGGACUACUUUUCUCAAUGAACUUGCUUCUUCUGGUUGAAUAAAUACAUCUAUAUAUGCAUGAGAAUGUCACCUGCUACAAAUAAGCUAUAUACACACAUAUACUUAUCAAAAUGAAUAUAUAAUGAAAUAAAUUGUAAAGUGUG